UGUCAUUCUGCUGAGCCUUGGAGAAAGAAAGCUAGGGGUGGGGGUGGAGUAUCCCAUGGGAGGAGUAAGGCCUGGGCAAGCCACGCAACCAGGCUCCUGGCUGCAAAAACAAAUCCUGAGACACAGGCCUUCGGACGACUUCCGCUUGCCCCGCCCACCUCCGCCUCCCCAGCCGCUUGCGCGCGAGGAGGCACACCAUGGCAACGCGAUCGCUGCGUCUGGGAAGCAGACUCCGCUGGACGCGGUGGUUCCAGGUUGCCACCGAAGAGACUGGAAAAUGUACAGCCAGAGGUUUGGCACAGUCCAGCGGGAGGUUAAGGGCCCCACUCCCAAGGUGGUAAUCGUGAGAGCCAAGCCUCCCAAAGUCCAAGGUGCUGAGCAACAACUAAAAAGAAUCCAACAAAGCCUCCAGAAAUAUCAUACUACUUUGGCCUCUAUUAAGUCAAUUGAGCAGGAGCGCCUGAGAGUGGACUGGGCCAAGCACAAUGACCGCAAGUAUAUGGACAGCCUUGUGCAAGCAAGAGUCAAAGAUGCCAUGCAAGGGUUCAUCAUCAGCACUGAGAAAAGACGGAAUAAGCUACGGGAAUUUUUAGCAUCAGAAGAAAAUGAGUAUUUUACUGAAAUGCUAGCGAAGGAAGAAACUAUUGAAGAGAAAAAAGAUAGAAUGAGAGAAAAAACCAAAUUAUUAAGAGAGAAGAAAGAAAAAGAGAGGCAGGAUUUUGUGGCUGAAAAGUUAGACCAGCAAUUCAGGGAACGCUGUGAGGAGCUCCGUGUUAAAUUGAUUAGCAACCAUGAGAAGAAGGUGCAUGAAGAGCGGAAAGCCCAGAUAGCAUUCAACGAGGAGCUCAAGAGGCAAAAGCUAGUGGAAGAGCAGAUGUUCGCAAGGCUUUGGGAGGAAGACAGAUUAGCGAAGGAAGAGCGAGACGCCCAAGACAAGAGGAGACAGAAAGAGCUGGUGGAGAACACACGCCUAGGACUGAAUGCCCAAGUCACCAGCAUCAUAGCUCAAAAGCAGGCUGCACGUCUGCUCAAGGAAGAGGAGGCACGCCUCAUGGAACAGGAGAUUGCACAGGUGAAAUUCGAGAAUGAGCAAGAGAAGCUAAAGAAACAGAAGUCAAAAGAAGCAAUGAGGAACAUUUUGCACGAAGCCUUACAGAAGAAAAUAGAAAAUAUCCAGCAGGAGUACAGAGAAGAACAGGAUUUGAACAUGAAACUUGUGCAAAAUGCCCGUAAAAAUUUACAGGAAGAGGCAGAUAACAAGAAGCAAAAAAGAGAAGACUUGGCAAGAGAACAGAAGAUAUAUAAUGAGUAUUUGAUACAGCGACAAAAGGAAGAAAAGGCUAAGGAGAGAGAGCUGGAUAGAUUACUAGAGGAAGAGAAGGGGAAGAAGUUGGCUGAGAAGGAGAAAGAGCUGAGACUUGAAAAGGAGGCCAGGAAACAACUCAUGAAUGAGGUCAUGUGUACAAGAAAACUCCAGGUUCAAGAAAAGUUGCAACGAAAAGCCAGAGAACAGGAAGAACGUACUAUGGAACAGGAACGUAUAAAAGAAGGUCUGAAGGAACUUAACUAUGAUGAGAAGGAGAAUUUUUCAAGGCGCUGUGACUUGGUCCAGGAGUACAGGAAGCAACUACAGAUGCAAAUAGCCCAUCAGCAGCAGGCCCGGGAAGCAGAGAAAGAGGAGAGACGCCGAGAGUUGGAAGCUGGGAUAGCAGCAAACAAAACUUGCCUGGACAAGAUCCAGGAGGUCCUGUCCACGCCACAUGUUCUGCCCCAGAACAUUCAUCCUAUGCGCAGGAGAUGCCCCACCAAACUUCCACCAUAGUUUUGUAAACAUCAGUGUCUUUCCUGGAUCUUUUAAUAUUUUUAACUAAAAAUAUGCUUGUUUAUUCCUUUUAACUCAUGGAUAAACUUAUUCUCUGAGUUUAUAUAAUUUGUUAUACAUAGUAAACUUGUUCCUUUUGGAUUUCAUAAA